CGUUGCUGCAAAUCGUUUGUUCGGUGUUAGCACCAGAACAAGGAACAUAAAGUAAUCGAAAGAUAAAUUUCGAACAAUGAGGGCGUCAAGGCCGAUAUAUGAGCGCAGCAAAUGAUCUGAACUUUGACGCUGCUUCCCUUAUCUUUAACAGGAGGGGCGGUGUACUGGCGAAGUUGCUACCAGCUCCUGCGGGCCUAUGUCGAUCUCGACCACCGGCGCUGUCUGUGUGUGGAAUUCGCUCCUUCCCCCUGCGACAGCGUGGGUUUCCCCCGGGUGCUCCGCUUCCUUCCCCCCCCCCCCACCCCGACACAUCCCAAAGACUUCCGAUUUCGUCGAUUAGUUGGCCGCUGUAAUGUGUCCUCCGUGUGAAGGGAAAUAAAGCCAUCCCAGCGGCGAUGCCAUGAAUGGCUUAAAUCAAAAAUCGACUCCGAAGAAAAAGGAACCAGCUUGUCAGUCUGGUAGUCACAACGAUGUAAGUACUGUUCUUGAACACACCAAAGAAUGUUCGCAGCGACGUUCAGGCACACAAACACGUGGCGUGUUCGCACAUGUUUUCGAAGCUUCAAGAAGGAUAUUCGAUCAUAUAAAGGACGAUGGGCAACAUAUCGCAGCGAGAGAUGAAAGGGGAACAGCACCAUUCGCUGACAGGGUGAAAGGUCCCUACAGGAAAAGGGAACAGGGAAGUUCCAUCGAGAAAGAAUCUACAAGCGGGCUUGACACCAACAGUCAGCCCGAUACAUCUAACUCGGAGCGAGAAGAAGGCGAUCCCACGACAAGUAGGACUUCCAGUGAUGGCUCCCGUUCGUGCACUGUGCCGGCACAGAGGAACCCCGUCGCCUCUGAGAACAAGGGACCCACAUCUGGAUGCAGUUCAGCAGACGGCGACAGGGAAAAACUGAAGGAUUUCCUGAAAAGUCUGAACGACAAAAACCUGCGUAGAAUCACGGAGUUCUACCGACAGAGACUGGAAGACGCAACUGCAACCUUUGCGGACAGCAUUGCUGAAGCUUUGCAGAAUAAACUUAUAAUUGACGCCGGAGAACUUGAGCGGGUCAGGGAUAUGAUGAGAAAAGAGCGGGAGGCCGAAGCGUCCAAGUACCUCUUCAAUAGAGUUAUGGACAAGGGUUCUAAGGCGGGCAGAGCAUUUUGGGAAAUACUUGUGGACAUCCAGGAUGAUAAACCAAAGUUGAAAGGGAUACUGAAAGAAAUACAGGAGAAAGAUUCCACGUUGCUGCAAGACGUAGUUUGGAGCCAACGUCCAGCAAAUAUUCCGCAAUGUUUGAAAGAGAUUCAAAUGAGGCACAAGGAAACCGUCCGUCAAGAAUGCGCCAACACCGAAGUGAACUUUGGGGGCAAGACGAAUAGCUUUCUCCUCGAAGACCGAUACACCGAGUUGGUCAUCAUGAAACGCCCUCUGGAAAGUAACAUCGUGCAGCACGAACUCUGGGCUCGAGGCAGGACACAUGAAAAGUGGCAAAAGAAGCGCAUGGCUGACUUGCAGGAGAAAAUUACCAUCGACAAAUUAUUCAGAAGUAGCUACUGCCGAACCAGCCUGCACGGAACCUCGGUGGUCACAGGGGUGGCGGGGAUUGGUAAAACAACCCUGGUGCAGAAGAUUGCCAUGGAUUGGGCCGCGGGGGAAAUAUACCAGCAAUUUAACUUUAUUUUCAUCUUUAAGUUUCGGAACUUACGCCGCAUUAGCGGCAGGAAAAGUUUGAAACAGCUGGUGCUGGAUUCCUACAGUUAUUUUGGCAAGGACCUGGAGACGGUCUGGAAAGAGCCGGACAAGAUACUGUUCAUAUUUGAUGGCUUGGAUGAAUUUCACCAGAAGAUUGACUUCCACGACCAGCGUAGGGACGUCGCCCCGGAGCACCGGUGCUUCGACCCCGAGUGUCAGGUCGAAGUGGCCGAUGUCGUCCGGUGCCUUGUCGGCGGGAAACUGCUGCGGGGUUGCUCGGUGCUGAUCACCAGCCGGCCCAACGCCCUGCAAUCUCUGGAUAAAUCCAACGUGAGUCUUUGGGUGGAGAUAGCAGGGUUCCUUGAGAAAGAGAGGAAAGAGUUCUGCCGCAGAUUCUGCGGAGAAGGAGCGGGGGCUGAAGGUUUGAUCCAGUGCAUGGAAGAGAACAGCGUCCUGUACACCAUGUGCUACAUCCCCGUGUACUGCUGGAUCUUCUGCUACACGAUGGCCCCUAUCUUGAGGGGCGAGUCGGUGAAAGGGAAGCAAAUCCCCAAGACAAUCACCGAGCUCUACUCGAAUUUCAUGUCCGGCCUGUUGACGCGAGAGGGCUGCGACGUUGAAAACCGACGGGAACUUCUGGUCAAAUUGGGAAAGAUGGCCUACGAUGGUGUCUGCAGAAAUACUUUGAUCUUCCACCAGAGGGACUUCGAGCGUCACGGCUUGCAGCCUUCUCGAUUCACCUCCGGCUUCAUCGUGCAAACGUUCCACGACGGCCACUCGGCCGAAAAUGCCCUGUACACGUUCACGCACCUCACCCUGCAGGAGUUUCUCGCCGCCCUCUCGCUGGUCCUGAGUUCGGAGGAGCCCAACAUGCGGAUGGUCCUGAAGGAAGCAGCCAAGGACAUCUGCGGGCAGUUUCAGAUCUUCCUGCGCUUUCUGGCCGGCCUCUCGUCUCCCAAAUCGACGCGAAAUCUCACGCAGAAUCUGGGAUCUUUCUGUGCGCCGGUGUGCCACCAGGUGAUUGACUGGCUGGAGCAACUGUUCGAGCAGAACGUUGCCAAGUGCGACGGGCAAGAUAAGAAAACGGAACUUAUGGAGACAUUCCACUUACUGUAUGAAUCCCAGAACCUGCCCCUGACUGGUAAACUGUUGGGACCCGUGAAGAAGAUCGGCUUUCCCGGUCUGGAACUCAGUCCGGCGGAUUGCCUCGUACUGGCCUCCGUACUCAAGCCGUGCGCCUCUCUCGAUGAAUUCGACCUGACACAGUGCUCGGUCCAAGGUGAAGGAAUCCGCAAACUGGCGGGGGUUUUACGCAAAUGCAAGAUCCUCAGGAUUAAUGAAAAUAAACUCGAGGACGAGGGGGUGAAACGAAUCUGCGCGGAGCUGAGAGAGCCCGACUGCAAAAUAGAAACGCUGGAGUUAAGAUGUAACAAUCUCACGCACGAUUCCGUGAACCAUCUGGCGGAGGUGAUCAGUAAGAACGGAUCGCUGCUGUCACUGGACCUGGGAAACAGUAACAGUUCCAGUAAACUCAGCAAUGACCUGACCGACCAAUGCAUCCCGGCGCUGCAACGUCUCAUCAAGGAUAGUCGUCAGCUGGGAGAAAUCAGGUUAAGUAACACAUAUUUCACGGAAGACGGGCGGAAGCGUCUGGGGCACCAGACAAACAGUGCAAGGUGCCGUGUUACCUUUGAAUCGAGCUGAGCUAUUUCGGUAUCUAUGUUACGGAACAACGCUCUGAAAACUCCGGGGACACACACACACACACACACACACACACACACACACACACACACACACACACACACACACACACACAAAGACACAUAGACACAGAAUCUCUCACACACAGAUGGAGAGACACGUAUACAAACACACACACAUAGAAACACACGCAAAUAGACUCUCACACACACACACACACACAAACACAGACACGGACAGGGACACAUACACACAUACACACACACACACACACACACACACACACAGACACCUGUACAUAAACACACGCAUUCAGACACACAUACAAACACACUAACACCAACUCUCUCACAAACGCGAGCUCUCACACACACACAUAAAGACACACGCAGACACAGAGAGACAGGCAUAAAACCACACACACACACAAGCACACACACACACACACAAAGACACAUAGACACAGAAUCUCUCACACACAGACGGAGAGACAUGCAUACAUACAAACACACACACA